CUUGAAAUAAUGCACAGUUACAGCAAUUGUCACCCUUUUGUAUUUCAUACUAUUGUAACAUAAAAUGUACAUGGAACUGCAAGUUUAAGGUUUCUUAAUGCUCUUAUUAGGUUUUCUGUAAAACCAGAAGCUCGUAUGCUUUACUGGUAGACCGACUUAGUUGCUGGAGGUGUGCUAUGGUUAUGGAAAGAGGGGACAGAUUGAAAAUACUAGAAAAAAUUAUGUGUUUGCGAAGUUGGGGAGAGGAAAUUUGAGAAUUGAUUGGUUCUAGUGUGCUGUAAGUGGGUGGGUUUUUUUGUGCUACAGGAAGUGAUUUGCAGUGUUCACAGAGCUUUUUGUUGAAAAGGGUCUCCUCAUUUGUGUGAAUCAUGCUUUUGCUGUGAGCGAGUUGGCAGCUCUAACCAGAAUUGGAAUGUCAUAGGGAACUGUCUGCUUCUGCAUCCAUUCUAUGUACAUCCAAAGGAGCAGACAGAUUCACUUUUAGUUACAUUUUUUUUUGUGGACAAUUCAGCACAGAUUUUUAAAGUGUUAUAUUCUUUUAAAUUGUUACGGCAUAUUACGUUUUUUUAUUAUCUGCUUUACAGGUAUGGUUAUGAAUGCUAGGAAAUGUUAGCAACUUUGAUUUUAAGAUUGGCAACAGAUUUGCCAAUGCACAUGAAAAAAACAAGAUAGAAGGGCAUGCUUCAACGUACCAAGUAUAACCGCUUCAAGAAUGAAUCUGUGACACCAGUGGACGACCUUCUGCACAACCUCUCCGUGAACAGUAAAGUCACCACUGUAGCCGGAAAUUCAUCUUCACCACCCUGCUCCGCACCACCUGACGUGCUGCGAAAGGACCAAGAAAAUGGACCCACCACUCUUUGUACAUUCAUCCACAAAGUGUCCAACUUAAAACUCGCCAGUUCAGGCAGCCUGUUGGGUAUUAAGAAUCUUUCCUCUGCAGUAAAGGAGCUGACAGGUUACAAGUUACAGGGGAGCUCUCCAGCUCAAAGCAUUACAGCAGGAGCCACAGAGAACACAUGUAACCUUGUCUCUACACCGUGUUCUCAGCAGGACCUGAGCAAGAUGAGCACAGGGAAAAAAACACCAGAAGAAAUGCAUCAGGGAGGAGAGGAUUCGAAUCAAAGUAGCAGCUUCGUCAAUAAACCUUCUCGGGGAUGGUUGCACUCGAACGAGAAGAUCCUAGGACCUGGAGUGACGUACAUUGUGAAGUAUCUGGGAUGCAUAGAAGUUCUGCGAUCCAUGAGAUCUUUAGACUUCAACACAAGAACUCAAAUAACAAGAGAAGCCUUCAACAGAGUAUGUGAAGCUAUACCUGGUACCAAAGGAGUCUUCAAAAAACGAAAGCCAGCAAACAAAAACUUAUCAAGUAUCCUGGGAAAGAGCAAUCUACAAUUUGCAGGAAUGGGCAUAACUCUGAAUAUAUCAACCGCCAGCCUAAACAUGAUGACACCAGACACCAAACAGAUCAUUGCAAAUCAUCACAUGCAGUCAAUUUCCUUUGCUUCUGGUGGUGAUCCGGAUGCAACAGACUAUGUUGCUUAUGUAGCAAAAGACCCUGUUAAUCGAAGAGCUUGUCAUAUACUUGAAUGUUGCGAUGGUCUGGCUCAAGAUGUCAUCAGCACUAUUGGGCAAGCAUUUGAACUACGCUUUAAGCAAUAUUUACAAUGCCCAUCAAAGAUCCCUGUAUUUCCUGACAGAAUGCAGAGUCUGGACGAUCCUUUGUGGACAGAAGAUGAUGGGAUGACAACUGAGCCUCAGUAUUAUAACAGCAUUCCAAACAAAAUGCCACCACUUGGUGGAAUAAUUGAUGAAAGAUUAAAAACACAUAUUUCAAAUCAAGGAAAUAACAUACAGUCAGUACCUGCUUCUGGAAUAGAACAGAGCUAUUAUCAAGGUCGUCAUCUAGUAGAAAAAAAAUCUGGUGAAAACUUUCAGCAAACUGUGAAAAGACAAGCUUCUCUGGAUAUUUAUAGUCUGCCUGAAGGAAAGUCGUCAAUAUGCCAAACAAGCAAUGCCCCAACUUAUGUUAAUACUCAGAACAUAAAUAAAAAAACACUAGAAGCGAUUCAAAAGAGUGCUGCUUCAAUUUUGUGCAAGUCAGUAGACAGUUCCCAGGACAUCAGCCCAAGAAAAUAUACUUUUGACAUGAAAUUAUUUGAAGAUGCUCUCAAGAAUCAACCUGUUCUUAGUAGAGAUGCCUCUGUUGACUGUUCUAGUCCUCUGCUAUCCAGAGCAGCCAUCUUGACCAUUAAUGAAGAACUCAAAUCAGAGACCUGGUAUGUCGGAGAAAUGUGUAGGAGAGAAGCAGAAAAGUUACUGAAAAGGGAUGGAGAUUUCCUUGUUAGGAAAAGCAUCAAUAAUCCUGGGUCAUAUGUACUAACAGGAAUGCACAAUGGACUAGCUAAGCAUCUUCUGCUGGUUGAUCCUGAAGGCACUGUCAGAACCAAGGAUCGUGUCUUUGACAGCAUCGGUCAUCUCAUCAACCAUCACUUGGAGAACAAUUUGCCCAUUGUCUCCUCUGGAAGUGAACUGUGUCUCAAGCAACCGAUGGAGGGAAAACCUUGAUCCUUAUGCACAUUAUCACUACUUCCUAUGUGUGUAAGGGCUGCACAUUUGAUAUAAUUAAAUUGUGCAAUACAGAACACUGCACUACUUUUUCAAAUACGUGCCAGUCGUUAAAAAAAACAUUGGCACAUAUUAAAAUGUGAUUUUUAUAAAAUUGUUUGAUCCCUUAAUGUGAAUAUACAAUGUGUAUAGAUACACUUUAUGUACAUACAUAUAUAAAUAUAUUUAUAUUUUUGGAGACUAGGGAUAAGGAAUGGGACUAGUCAGAUUUAUUGAAAAAAUCAAUAGUUGUGGUUUAUCUAUAACAUGAAUGACGCAUUUUGAUUAAUAAAAAACAAGCUGAAUGCUGCGCAAGCUGAUGCCAGUUUUAGGUAAUAAGCACAAUACUGGAGAAUUAGUGCUGCUCAAGUUUUUUAUUCUUUGCAGUCUUCUCCAGCAUUCAGUUGAGUUCUGGUAUGGCAGCUGUGAAUGUUUAAACACACAGUCCAAAUAUGUACUGUUAUGCAGUCUACACUGAAAAUUCAGAGUUUGUUUUUUAGGCUUAUGGAAUAUUUCUACAAUUUUAAGUAGUAGAGUAUAAGGUCUCAGUCCAGUUGACCAUGUGAUUUUAGACUGAUCUUGCACUAAAGAAACGUAUUACCCCAUACAUUCAAAAAGCAUUUUUUCUUUUGUUUCAGCAAAAAAACAAAAAAUGUUAUGAGUUCAUAUUGCAUGCCCUUGGGUUGUUGUCUUUCAAUUUUUAAGUUGUAUGAAAUUCAAAACAUACAAUUUGUAUAUAUUGCUAUUAUCUGUAACAUAUAUUUCCUGCAGUUAGAGAUCACUGUUGCAUUAUGAAGCACUUGAAAUCUCCCCAUGAGACACCCUAAUUUUCAGUGGCGUAACUACCGGGGGAGCAGGGGGUGCGAUUGGGCCAGGGCCCGCACCCCCUCAGGGCCCCCCCGGCAGCUCACGCGCCACGUUUCCCGGCCGUUUCCCGGUGUACGGAGGGGGGCGGGGGGCCCGGCAGCGCGUCCCGCGUCAGGCCCCGCCCCCCUCUAGUUACGUCACUGCUCAUUUUGGUAUAAAUGACACAAUGUUACAAGGAAAACAGGCUAAUACUAACUUAAGAUAUAAUUCUACAUUAAGUAAUGUAAAUUUCAAAAGGAAAAGUAGUAACCUCUGCUAUAUGCUGCCAAAUGCACAAACUUUGUCAGAUAAAAUGGGAGUUAAUUGCAUGCUCUAAAAAUUAUGAUAUAAUUGGUAUCACUGAGACCUGGUGGGAUGAAACAUGUGAUUGGACUGUGAAUGUAAAUGGUUACAUCCUUUUUAGGAGGAAGAGGGAUUAAGAAGGGUGUAGGAUCGGGUUUGUAUGUAAAGCCUGAAUUAAAGCCAUGCUUUAAGGACUUAACCACAGUUUGGCACUGGGGAGGGUGUGGAAUCCCUCUGGGUAAAGCUUUUGACUGGGCAAAAGGUUACAAAGAAAAUUAUCAUUGGUGUAUGCUACAAACCACCUAGUAUAAGUGAUGAGUAUGAAGCCCAGCUACUUUUACAAAUAGAAUUGGCUUCGCAACUGGGUAAAAUUAUUAUGGAUGACUUCAAUUAUCCAGACAUUAACUGGGGUAAUGGGUUUGUCAAGUCAGAAAAAGCUAGUUUGUAAAUAUGCUCAGCUCAUUCAAGAACAUACUAGGAAUGAUUAUUAGUCUUGUAAUAACUAGUAAUACUGAACUCAUCGCUAGCAUUAGCAUGGAUGAGCAUUUAUUUAAUAGUGAUCAUAACAUGGUCUCCUUUGAGGUUUUGUUGCAGAGACAACAAUUUAGAUUUGCAAACUUUGACAGUAUAAGGGCAUCUCUUAAACAUAUUAAGUGUGAACUGAGGACUGGGAAAUUGCUAAUAUGGGGCUGAUUCAAAAAGUGAUCUCGUUCUUAGCCUCAAUACUAUAGGCCGGUUAGUCUGACGUCGGUUGUAGGAAAGCUUUUUGAAGGGGUAUUAAGGGAUAAAA